CAGUUUCCGCCCUCCUUAAAAACCCUAACCCUUUCUCCAUCUUCGUAUAUCCCUUCGCCAUUUUGCCGUUACCUCUCCUGCAUUUUUCCCCAAACCACCCUUUUUCCUCUCUUACUUUUAACUCUUCGAAAAUGUCUUGCUACAGAGGCAAAUACGCUGACGAGCUUAUUGCCAAUGCUGCCUACAUUGGAACUCCUGGAAAGGGUAUUCUUGCUGCUGAUGAAUCAACUGGCACAAUUGGAAAGCGUCUUUCCAGUAUCAAUGUUGAGAAUGUUGAAACAAACAGACGUGCUCUUCGUGAGCUCCUUUUCACUGCUCCUAAUGUUCUUCAAUACCUCAGUGGGGUCAUUCUCUUCGAGGAAACACUCUACCAGAAGACAGCUGCAGGCAAGCCUUUCGUUGAUGUUUUGAAGGAAGGUGGCGUUCUCCCUGGCAUUAAGGUUGACAAGGGCACUGUUGAACUUGCUGGAACUGAUGGCGAAACCACAACCCAGGGUCUUGAUGACCUUGCCAAGCGCUGCCAAAAGUAUUAUGAAGCUGGUGCUCGUUUUGCCAAAUGGCGUGCAGUGCUCAAGAUUGGUCCUAACGAACCCUCACAGUUGUCCAUUAAUGAAAAUGCCAAUGGAUUGGCCAGGUAUGCUAUCAUUUGCCAGGAGAAUGGUCUGGUACCUAUUGUUGAGCCUGAGAUCUUGGUUGAUGGUCCUCAUGACAUCAAGAAGUGUGCUGAUGUUACUGAACGAGUUCUUGCUGCAUGCUACAAGGCUCUAAAUGACCACCACGUUCUCCUUGAAGGAACCUUGUUGAAGCCCAACAUGGUUACCCCUGGAUCUCAAGCUGCAAAGGUUGCACCAGAAGUUAUUGCAGAGCACACCGUCCUUGCCCUACAGCGAACUGUUCCUGCUGCAGUUCCAGCUAUUGUGUUCUUGUCUGGUGGACAGAGCGAAGAGGAGGCCACCAUCAACCUUAAUGCCAUGAACAAACUGAAGGGGAAGAAGCCAUGGUCUCUUUCUUUCUCCUUUGGACGUGCCCUGCAGCAGAGUACUCUCAAGGCAUGGUCUGGAAAGGAUGAAAACAUCCCCAAGGCUCAGGCUGCUUUGCUCGUGAGGUGCAAGGCCAACUCUGAAGCAACUCUUGGAACUUACAAGGGUGAUGCUAAGCUCAGUGAGGGUGCCGGCGAGAGCCUCCACGUCGACAACUACAAGUAUUGAUUAGUUUUGGGACUCAAGAUCUUGUUUUAGACCCAAAAAAAGAAAAGCAAAAAAAGGCUGAGGCCAUAUUGUGUUUUGAAUUCUCUCUCUCAGGCAUCGUAGGAGUAGCUCUCUUUCUAAUCUCAAUGCUAAUAUCAAGUUAUGGUAGGCGUUGGUAAUAAGCUUGAGGAGCGUUUGGCAUGCGGGUUUUUUGCAAGUUUUUAAUUUAAUUUUAUUUUUUACAUUUCAGUUGAGAACUGAGUUAUCUUCUGUUUUUAGUUGUAAUUUUGAAUUUUUAUCGGUUGAUAAUACCAUUCAUGAUGUGAGUUGUGUUA